AUGGCCACCGCGAUACUGUGUGCGAUACGCGUCACCACGGCACAACAAAAUCUUGCGGUCAAUUGGAGCUCGAACACUUAUGGACCGGAUGGACCAUGGAAUGCGAUAACCAUCAAUGUGGGCGGAAAUCAAAACAGCACUGAUAUCGAAUCGGAACAGGUCUCAAUAGACCUUCUGGUGGGCAGCUAUUACGCAUCAUACAUACCAUCGAGUUCGGCUUGUCGAGCCUACGGUCCCCAAUGCGGUAACGGAGGAGUGUGGGAUCCAGACACAAUCCCCAUCAAACAACCUCCGCCAAAUAUCUGGGAUGCACCUUCUUUCAUCAACAUCACCGGUACAGUCUACCCAGGUGCCGUUACCAUUGGCACUGCAGGAAAGCAACAGACCGUCUACGAUGUCGAUCUUGCUAGUAUCGAUACCUUCUCUGUCAAGUAUCCGAACGAAGUCACAGCUGCUCCCGAGCUUGGUUUCUUUGCACUCAACAGCGGCAUGGACAAGGAGAUCCGAGCUCUGAGCGAUGCUAAAGGGUCUGAAGAUCCAUGGAUCGUCGCUGGCUCUCUCUACAACCAGUUCAUCAUACCCUCGUACUCCUAUGGCUUGCAGAUCGGAUCCGCAGCUUUGAAUUAUAGCGGCUCGCUCGUUCUCGGCGGCUAUGACAAAGGACGGAUCAUCGGACCUUACACGAGUUGUGCCGGGUAUAUGACCACAUUGCUGGAUAUCACAAUGGAUGUCGAGACCGGCCCGAGCCCCUUCUCCUUUGGCAACGCAUCGAAGCUUCUCACCAAUGUCCUCGGACAGCCAAGUUCGCUGAGCGUGAAACCGGAUCCGAUGCCGCCAGGUCUCCAUCUCCCUGCUCAAACAUGUUCAAAUUUAGCUCAGAAGCUGCCAGUCUACUAUGAUUCAACGACCAACUAUUACCUUUGGAAUACUUCUGAUCCGUCUUAUGAGCAGAUCAUCAAUUCUCCGGCAUACCUAGGUUUCCAAUUCACUCCGGCUCCUGGCGAUGAGGCCAACGUCACGAUAAAGGUCCCGUUCAAGCUUCUCAAUCUCACCCUCACGUCUCCGGUCGUGACUCGUCCAGUGCAAUAUUUCCCGUGUAUUCCAUUCGAUCGCACGCCUGCGGAUCAAUGGCGUCUCGGUCGCGCUUUCCUGCAAGCUGCUUUCUUAGGAUACAACACCCACACAAACACAAUGUGGCUCGCUCAAGCUCCCGGACCGGGAGUCGCGAAUGAAGGACUUGGACUGGAACCUCAGGACAUCGCCAACAGCGCGACAACGCUUGAGGUCUAUAGUGACAAGACUCUGUUCGCGGACUCCUGGGCGGGCCAUUGGACGGCAACAAAAGCUACCGAGGCCUCCAACUCAACCUCUUCAGCCCCUGCAGACCCAACAUCGACGACCACAACAAACGAACACCAACCCGGCAUUUCUGGCGGUGCAAUUGGAGGAGCGGUGGUUGGUGUUGUCGCGGGCAUUGCAAUUAUCGCCGCAAUCAUCUUCUGUCUGGUCAGGAAGAAAUCAAAACAAAGCACACUCCAACAAUCAUCAGAUGAAGGAUUGGAAGACACCGAAAUCGGUCCGGAAAGAGGCUUUCGAAAACAACAAUCGACAAGUGAGGGCUACACAUUUCUCGAAAUGCCAACUGAUCAUGAAGUGGAAGAGUUGCCGAACCAUGCAGAAAGCAAAGAAUUGCCGACUAGCAUGAGGGUAUAUGAGCUCGAAUCGCCCUUGAAUACGCGUCGUUGA